UAGAGGGAGAUAAAACUGGCCACUGGAGAGACCAAAGCUGCAUGCUUCCUGGGACCUCUCAGCUACCCACAGAAGCCAGCAUGUGUCGGGUCCUGCUUUCCAUCCUGUGGCUAAUCAUUCAAAUCCAAGUGAUAGAUACAACGUUAACCCCUGAGUUAAAACUUCAUGAAAUAGUUCAUCCUAAAAAACUAUCGAUUUCACAGAGAAGAGGGCUUGAGAACAACCAGACAGAGAGAUAUGGCAAAGAGGAAAGAUAUGCACCAGAAGUUCAAUAUCAGAUCAUACUAAAUGGAGAAGAAAUCAUUUUUCACCUAAAGAGAACCAACCAUCUUCUGGGACCAGACUACACUGAAACAUCUUACUCACCCAGAGGAGAAGAGAAGACCAGACACUCUCAGGAUGUGAAACCCUGCUACUAUGAAGGCUACAUCCAGAACUCAAGGGGCUCUCUAGUUAGUAUCAGUACCUGUGAUGGGUUGAGAGGGUACUUCACACAUCGUGAUCAGAGAUAUCAAAUAAAGCCUCUACAAAGCACAGAUGAGGGAGAGCAUGCUGUUCUUCCAUACAACUGGGAGGAACUAUACACCAUUAAUUACAAGGAUGGUGAGAAGCAAGUUGGUAGGAAACGAAGCCAUCUUCGAAUUUCCAGGUCACUCAAAAGCCCAAAUGAAGACUUACUUCAAGGACAGAAAUACAUUGGUCUCUUUUUGGUGCUGGAUAAUGCCUAUUAUAAGAUAUAUAAUGGCAAUGUGACUCGGAUAAGAAGCUUUGUGUUUGAGGUGCUGAAUCUGCUCAAUGUGAUUUAUAAAACCAUAGAUAUUCAAGUGUCUUUAGUGGGCAUGGAGAUCUGGUCUGACCGUGAUAAGAUAAAGGUGGAACCCAACCUUGGUGCCACAUUCACAAACUUCAUGAGAUGGCAUUAUUCUAACCUGGGAAAAAGGAUCCACAACCACGCCCAGCUUCUCAGUGGAGCAAGCUUCCGCAAUGGACGUGUGGGAAUGGCAGCUGCAAAUUCCUUGUGUACUACAUCUUCAGUGUCUGUAAUUGAGGCUAAAAGAAAGAAUAAUGUGGCUCUUGUUGCACUGAUGUCACAUGAGUUGGGCCAUGCCCUUGGUAUGCAGGAUGUUCCAUAUUAUACCAAGUGUCCCACUGGCAGCUGUGUGAUGAAUCAGUACCUGAGUUCAAAAUUCCCCAAGGAUUUCAGUACAGUCAGCCGCACACAUUUUCAAGGAUUUCUUUCAUCUAGAAAUGCAAGGUGUCUGCUGCUGGCACCUGACCCUAAAAACAUAAUAAAACCAACAUGUGGUAACCAAGUUCUGGACACAGGAGAAGGCUGCGACUGUGGCUCUCCUGAGGAAUGUACCAACCUUUGCUGUGAGCCCCUGACAUGUAGGCUGAAAUCUCAACCUGAGUGCAGAGAAGAGGCAUCCAAACACAUCCUGUGAGCUCCAUCUUCUCUCUCUUCCCCAAAGAAAAUGAACCAGUGUCUAAUUCACAAAGAAGCUACUUUGCCAGGGCUGAAGUCUAGAACCUGCGUCCACCAGUAAGCCUGCCUACCUUCACUUCGUGCAGCCAUAUAGACAGACGUCUUUGUGUGUGUUCUCUGUGAACCCAUGAAUUCAAUCACUGAACAAUAAUAUCCCCAAAUGCACUUGUAUCUGUAAUGAAUAUGUAGACAUUUUCUCAUUAUUCCCUUAGUAAUAGAGUGUAACAGCUAUUUGUAUAACAUUUUUGUACAUUCAAUGUUAUAAGUAGUCUAGAGAUGACACAAUACUUAGAAGAAAUUUAGUAGUUGUAUGCAAAUAUACUCCAAUUCUAGAAGGACAAUUAGUACAGAGAUUUGGGUAUCUGUGUGGUCUUGGAGCCAAAUCCUAGUGAAUACUGAAGAAGAUCUUUGCUUUUUUCUUUCUGUUCUUCUUUAUGUGUUUCUACUAGUCCAGUCAACAGGUAAAUAGACACACUUAGAGAUGCUGUCUGUUCAUUCAGAUCUUAUUUGUAGUGUGAAUACGAGGAGCCUGAAAGUAUGGUUUUAGUUUCACUCUUUGGAAAACAAAAUAGAUGAACUUUUGCUGAAUUCCCAAACAUACUCCACAGAGUUGUUGAGUUAAUCCCAAACUGCAAAAUGACAAGUAAUUUAACCUUAAAUCUUUUUGUUCCUGUGAUGGAGGAAUCAAAGCUGUCACCUGCUGAGGGAGGGAGCUAGCAGAGGGAACAGAGCCCCAGCCCCUUGCUGUUUCUCAAUACCCAGUUUGUCAUACAUCCUGUAAGCAUCCCCUAUUUCCUGUCUCAUGGGAAUAUUGGUUACAUUAAAACACUUUUCAUUUGAGCAAAUAGAGUUUCUCACAUUAUCAUGUAUAAGAAUUAUUUUUGAGAAAUCUGUGUUGCUUGUUUCUUAGUGGAAAUGAAAAAAUAAGGCUUCAUUUAUUGUAUUUUGUAA